CGAAGAGGAGCGAAGAGGCCUCAGCCUCGAUACCGUACAACAAGAGAAUUGCACUUUUUCAGCUCCAGACCAUUCAUGUUGAGGGCGCCCAGGUGUCAGACCGCUGAGAUGGCUGCCUUGCGGGAAUACACGAAUGACCUCUUCGGGAGGACCACCCCACAGCUAGGGCUGUGCAUGUGCUAGCGCGGGGUACGAGGCUGACAGGCCCUCAUGUAAUCUGAUCAGCAGGCUGCCAGAUAACUCAGUCGCUUAUAACGGGGAAGCUUGGAAGCAGGACAUGCGGUCAUGUUGUUGUGUAGCUUGCAGCUGCUGCGGAGAACCCUACAGCUUCCUUACCGCUAUCAAAACAUCAACUAUGUCCGGCAUGUCCUUCUCCGCGCUGAGUUCCGUAAGCUCACAUCUUGCUAGCAAGGCACAAGCUGGAUCGAACAGCAUCGACCACCUGCUUAGCACCCGCAGUCAUGACACGAUCAAGACGGAGCUCGACAAGCUGGGUCUGCUCUCGGUAUCACUACGACAGCUCGAGUAUCAUGCAGGCCAGGUCCCCGGUGAGCUGGCCACAGACCCGUGCCUGUCGUCACUGUCAGCAGAGUUGAGCACCGAACUAGCUGUGGCACUACCCUUGUGCGAAUAUACUCUGGCUGUUGUGAUAAAACAGCUCUCUCGCUUGGACGAGAACACGCCGAGACACAAGAUCGACGUCUCUACAGUCUCUAGAUUUGAUGCCUUCACCAAGUCAUCAAUCACACUGUAUAUUAUACUCCGAGGGCUCCUAAACACUGGCGACCUCGUGGCUGUUGAGGCCAAAGAGUCAGAGGCGCGGCAGGCUCUGCAAGACGUCCAGACGGCAGCUGGACAUGCAAGCCGCAAUUGCGAUAUCUUGAGCGGCGCUGACUCUUCGCGUACCACACGGAGUGAUGCAAACGGUGGCCCGGCCAAGGGUCCGCAAGCGAGAGAGCAUCCGCCACUCACAUGCUCAGAGCUGCCCCAAUACUCGGACAGGAUGCCUGCUGUCAUUUCCCCAGGAACCAAUGUCCCAGAGAUCAGCAGUCAAAGUGCCAGUACAAGUCAGAACAAGGAUUCAGCCAGCGCGACUGGCUUCUUCGACUCGCUGACCAGCUCAUUCAAGGCGAUGACCGCGGCCAUAAGGUUCAAGCCAGAGCCGUUUGUUGUGCCCCUCUGCGAAGCAGCAACAAGAGGCAGUAUACCGCAGAUCCAAGGCUUGCUGGGCGAGGGCGUCAAUGUGGAUGGCCACAAUGAGGCUGGUUUGACUGCGCUCAUUUGUGCUAUCCAGGCCCGUCAGCUCGAGGCCGCGCGAUAUCUUCUCCAGGCUGGCGCAGACCCAAAGAUCCGCUCGUCAGGGCGUAAGGGUAAACCACCUCUUUACCACGCCUCGGUGGCGCAAUACGAGCCAGCUGUCGAUCUACUACUCACCAACGGGGCAUCUAUGGCUGGGAGCGACGACUGGUUCUUGGACCUUCUCACAGGAGCGGCAUCUGCAGAUUGGAUUGCACUUCUCCUCACCCGUGGAGCCAGCGUACACGCGAAGGACAGCAGUGGCAGAGUUGCCAUCGCCCUGGCCCUGCAACAUCGCAAGAAGAAGGAAGAUGGCGAUGAAGUAGUGGCCACAUUGCUAGCCCACGGCGCUGAUCCCAACGCACGAGACCUGUACGGCACGCCUCUGGUGCAUCUAUGCCUACAGCAGGACCGCGACAAUCUCAUGACAUUGUUACUUGAACGAGGAGCUAAUGUCAAUGGGACCGAUAUGUAUGGCAGUCCAUUAGUCGUGGAAGUGCUGAAGCGUGGCAAUGUUGCGCUCGUCAAGGCUUUGAUCACCAGGGGUGCCGAUGUCAAUUCGACAGACAUCUAUGGCAACCGCCUCAUCAUCAAUACCAUUACGAGUACGAGCCUGUCCACCACCGACAAAGCGGCGCUCGUUGAGAUUCUGACGCAGCGAGGAGUCCAGGGCGGUGUUGCGGAUAACUGGGGUGUCACCGCAUUGGACUAUGCCGUAGCCAAUACCGCUUCCAAAACUGGGCCACUGACCGAUGUCGAGCUUCGUGUCGUUGAUCUUCUCACCUCGCACGGCGCAGACCCUAAUCAACGACUGACCAAGCAGCCGGGGUACCCUACACUGUUGACAUACGCUCUCGACAGGCAAGAUUGGAAACUCUUCCGUGUAGCCCUGAGCCGAGGCGCCCAGCCAAAUAUUACAGACAAUCGGGGGAGAACGCCACUUCUCAUCGCCCUUCAGUACGGCGAGCCAGAAGUUGUUGCGCUCUUGAUUGAGAAGGGGGCAGACAAGAAUCAGGCGGGCCAGGUCACGCCAGUAGAAAUGGCCAGGGCAUCGCGCGAUCCGCAACUUAUGCAACUGUUAGGAGUGCCUCCUGUAGAGGGCGCACGUGUUUAUCACACACUGUCGCGAGAGGUUCGCCACAGGCAGGGUCGUGGAUUGAACACAAGCCCUCGUACAACGGUAGAAAUGGAUCUACCUCCACAAUAUGAGGAACGCUCAACUUAGCGUAGUCUAAGGCGUCGAUGCUCAGCCUGAUGGCAAUACAGAUCAGAGUCACGAUGGCCGUCAUGUGGUCGACUCAAGAAAAUGCCAGUGCGAGCCGGGAGUUCACAGGAGCAAGCCAUCGCGGCUGAGCCAUGGUGCUCGUUUGCAAUGGGGCCUCAUUCCGACGCUUAGCAGUGGGACUCGUUCCAUCAGAUGGAUCUCGUGGCUG